GGACCCAUUUACCGCCAUACGUUCCAACUUAUUAAACGUCCAAAAAAUCCCAAAGAUCUUAUCUUGGGAGGAAAAAAAAAAAUAAUGUCAUCGAGUAAUUUCUUCAAACACCUUACCUUAACUUCGAGCUAUGGAUUCUCCAUUCUCUCACGCCGUUUCAUUCACCCACCUCUCACUCUCCUCUUCACAAACAUCUACCCCAAAAGGCAACCAUUGAUUCCCACAAAGAUUUCUCUUCGUUUUUCUAAUUGUUACACUUCAGUAACUGAGCCUCAAUCCUCUACCUUACUAUCUCCUUAUCUCUCUGUUCGUAUUCGAUGUCGAAAUGAUAUUGCUGAUAUGUUUUCUGAAGCUCUUAUGUGCUUUGGUGCAAGUUCAACUACUGUGGGUGAACUUGACAAUGGUGACACUUCUGAUGAGAUAUGCAUUGAGUCCAUAUUUCCUGAGUUGGAAGAUGUGGAUGUAUGCAUCUCACAGGCUGCUGAUUCUAUAGGCUUAAAAGAGAUACCAAGUUAUGAAGUUAAAGCAGGUGAGCAGUAUGACUGGAUAAAGAAAACUCAGGAAUCAUUUGAUCCAAUUGAAGUUACUAAAGGACUUUGGAUUGUUCCUGAGUGGAAGACUCCCCCAGAUGUUCAAGCAACAAAUAUUAUUUUGAAUCCUGGAUUGGCUUUUGGAACUGGGGAGCACCCAACCACUAGAUUGUGUUUAUUGCUGCUACAGAGAUUGAUAAAAGGAGGAGAACACUUCUUGGAUUAUGGCACAGGUUCUGGUAUUUUGGCAAUUGCAGCACUUAAGUUUGGUGCUUCUUUGUCUGUUGGAGUUGAUAUAGAUCCUAUAGCAAUAACAUCUGCACGUCAAAAUGCUGCUCUGAACAACAUAGGACCGGAAAAAUUGCAAUUACACCUGGUUUCUGGCAAUACUUCCUCCCCCUUAAUUGAUGAACAUAAAUAUGUUGAAAAGCAGACUUCAUGUGAGAAGGUGGUUGAAUCUGAACAAGAAAAAUACGAUGUGGUCAUUGCAAAUAUACUUUUAAAUCCUUUGCUAGAAUUAGCAGAUGAUAUUAUCUCUCAUGCUAAGCCUGGGGCAGCAAUUGGCCUUUCCGGUAUUCUAUCUGAGCAGCUUCCCUACAUUAUGGAUCGAUAUUCCCCACUCUUGGACGACAUAUCUGUGUCAGAGAUGGAUGAUUGGGCUUGUUUAAGUGGUAGAAAGAAAACAAUUCUGACUGGCGGCUGAAGGACAUUUAGUGGUUAGACAAGCAGAAUUAAGAAUGGUCAGUUUAAGAUAUUGGCAUCGAACGGGCAUUUGCUGGUUUAUUACAAUAUUGGUCUUACAGAAUGUCUUGUAGACAAUUACUUUCGAUUUGGAGUACCAGAUCCGUUGUUAGUAUAUCAUUGUUAAAACAUGUAACUGGUUUUUUAAGGAAAAUUCUUGAAUUGAAAUAUGGUCAAAUUUUGUUGUGUCAAGUUUGAUUCUGCUUGCUUUGGCUUAGUUCUAAAUUACGAUUGAAAUGAAUUCAAAGCUUAAUUGAUUUACGCAAUCAUCAUUAAGACUUAUGAUGAUAUCCAACAAAAUUAGAGUUUGGUUCCUAGCA